AAGUAGACAACACGAAAAGAAAGAAGAAAAGUGUCCAAAUCCUGAUCUUUCUUAGCCGCAAACACUUCGUUCGUACUCUUGAGGACCCGCAGAAUGGAAGGCAUGGACCAGAGGCGACAGCGCAAGAUGAGCAAUUUUAGAGAGGCCGUGUUGGUGAAUUUCCUCCGCUCAAAGACCCUUUCCGACGAGCUUCGGUCCCGCAUUGACCAACGCCUCCACCAAGAGUUUCCAACUUUCAAAACCCCCGAUCACCCUCCCUACUCCCUGAUGAUACAAACGGCGAUUGCAAAGCUGAGAGAGGAAGGGGGGUCAACAAUAGAGGCAAUAUCUGGGUUUAUAAAGAAAGAGUACGAGGGGUUGCCAUGGGGGCAUGAGAGUUUCUUGAGUCAUCAUUUGAGGAAGCUUUGUGGACAGGGAGAAAUUGUGCUUACAGGUUACGGAAGGUAUAUUCUUCUAGGCAACAAAACUUCAGAUUUUGGUGAUGAGCAUGACAGAGAUCAGAUAGAGGAGCCGUGGAGGAAGAUGCAUGGUGGUAGUUGCAGUUCAGGUGGAGACCAAUACUCAUAUCAGGCAGAGGAGGAAGAGAGUAAAGUGACUGGAGAGGAAAUUCAAUCCUCUGAAAGUGAUUUUCAAGAACAAUUGGGAAAAACUGAAGCAUUAAAACUACGAAUCAAAUUCAAGACAUCGAAAAUGAUUCAAUGAAGGAACAGAACACCAAAUUGAGGUGGUGAAAGGGUAUUGCUGUGGGGGGCUGUAUCUGUAUGUUUUGGUAUAUUUUGUUACCUGUGAGGAAACUUCUAUGCAGGUUUAGGACUCAAGGAAACCACCAUAUGUAAGAAAAUCUGGUUUUCUUUUGUAAUUUGCCAGUCUAGAGUAUGAUUUAUGCAUCAUACAUAGCGAACCCACGUUAGCUCUAGCUUGUUCAGGAUAACAUUAUCAAUGAGAAAAAUGUUAGUCCCA